CAAUGUACCGUACGGUGCUGUAUCAGCAUUUCGAAACAAAUUUUGUCGUCGCUUGUGAUGCAAUGCCACCACUAAACAUCAAUGAUCCCGAAACACAAAGCAUCAAAGCCAAACCGGCGUAUGGUAUUCUAACGUACCUCCAAGCCGCAUUCCCAAUGCACCGGCUCCCGGUUGCCCUGCUGUAAGUUCUAUUCCCAUCGGCCAUCGCGUACCAUUCAUAUUUUGUCCGUACCGAUCAACAGUAGAACACGAGAACAAUCUCCAAGCCUGCGUGUCCAAUCGAUAUACACACACGUACGCACACACGCACGCACGCACACACACAUCGCACCGCACGUUACGUACGACGAGAACGGUGAUCUGCAGUACAAUACGAGGAACAUGGCAGCCGUGCUUUCGAGCAGCCGCAGCCGGAACAGCACGGCCUGGCCGGUGAUUGCCACACUCGCCGCGGUGGCGUUCGCCGCCCUCGCGGCCUCGGUUGUGGCUGCUUCUCGCACACGGGACAGCAGCAGCAGCAGCAGCAGCAGCAACCCAAAGGACGGAAGCCCACCACCCAACGACGCCCAUCGCAACAGAGAGAACGAGAACGAGAACGAAACCAAGCCCCGGCGGGAAGAACCAACGCUCCCGGAUUCACCGCCUUCGCCGUCGUCCUCGGAGAACGCCGCGCCGACCGUUGCGGCGGAGGACGAAUCAGAAUCCACCACCGAGGAAAUCGCGGGGGCAGCACCCGCGACGCACGGGAACGACAGACCCGAAAAACGACGAUCGCUGUCGCCGAGAACGCCCCCGAGGACCGACAAGGGAAGGAAAUGGAGGGAACGCGUGUCGGCCAAAAAGAAACUCAAGCUCAAACUCCAGCAGCAGCAGCAGCAGCUGCAGCUGCAACAGCAAGAACCAGGGGAGGGGCAGUAGAAAACGAAACGAGACGAGACGAGACGAGACGAGACGAGACGAAUCGAAUCGAAUCGAAUCGAAUCGAAUCGAAUCGAAUCGAAUCGAAUCGAAUCGAAUCGAAUCGAAACGAAUCGAAUCGAAUCGAAUCGAAUCGAAUCGAAUCGAAUCGAAUCGAAUCGAAACGGUAUCAGAACGAAAUGCUAUGCCGAGCAGCCGAGCAAGCACCAAUCGACGCAACAAUCUGAAGAAAUCCGUAAAACACCUGUUUCGGUUUUGUUUCGGUAACAGCGGCGGUGACAGCCACAGAAGGAAGUGGACUUUGCUUGCUGCGCAUUUUGGUUUCAAAUAUAUAAUCAGCAAGAACUGGUGCUCAGAACCAGAAAUAGAAAAUCGGCAAUCAAUGCACCAAACAUGUGCUAGCAGGCACUGUUUGCGGGCAAGACGAAUUUUUGGGAUUCAUUUGGCAUGGAUUAUCUUUGGAGUGGGGGUCGUGUUGCGUUGCAGGUUGCAUUGCAGUGUGACGGUGUGUGGCUCGGAUUGUGUUUCGAAAACCUCCGCGAGACGGGAGAAUCCGAGCCACCAAAGAGCGCGUUGCGGGGGUAAGGACGGAAUGGAAUGACACGGAACCCUGGCGGUGCGAUAGAAUGGAUAGCAAGMAACGGGUUGGAGAGCAAUGCACCGAAACGGCCGAUCGGUGGGCACGUUCCCUUGGUUCUGUUCUCCUUCCUUUCAAAGCAUCCCCAAAAGAGAUCGCAUUGCACUGCAUCCACUGAUGAUAUCUAUCGUGGACGAUUGGAAUGGAUGCUGUCAAACUAUACUGUGUAUGUUGAUAACCAGUUGAUAACCAGUUGAUAACCAGUUGAUAACCAUCGAACUGCGGCACGAUAGAAUGCAAAGAGCUUUCCGAUCGAUCUCCUCUCUCGCGGACCUAGUUUCGUUUUUGGUCCUUUCUUUCCUUACAUGAGAAAAGGCGUCGCAAAAAAUUCUGCGACACAGUGUCGCACUGUGCCGUGCCAUGGGAUUCCAUGCCCUGGCUGGCCACACACCGUUGAUAGGCGACAACCACAACCCAAUGGAAAACGCAAGGCAACAAAACAAAACACAAAAUAAACGACCCUUUUCAUAGAAUCAAACGUGCUUCCUACUUUUGCGUUAAGGAGCAUGGGUGCCGGUCUGAACCAGCGGGGCCGAAAAAAUCUGUUGGGCCAACGGCGACCGACAGCAGUUUCCCAUUAAGUGUUCUACAGUUUAAAAAACGAUCGUAGAUCUUAAGCGUGACGCCGUUAAAAUACAGUACUAGGUUUGAAUAGCACUCCAUGGAUGUCUACGUCGGCAAAAGAGUUAAUUCAGUCCACCUAUCUAGACGAUGUUCUUUGGUUUUCGUUUCGCUUGCAAAGCGCUCCCUGGAACGUGGAGAUACUGUGCGCGGAGUGCCUUCGCACGAAGGGGCACGAACCGUUUCAGGCGUGUUGGUCGGAAGCAAAAAUCGGUUCCGUAGUUACCAGUCCACAGGUCCACGCCAGUUCGGUGAUUGAAUUUGUGUCGUGAAAUUGUGUUCUUCGCUCCACGUACCGGCCGGUACGGUAAAAUUCUGAAGUUCGUGAUGACCACCUACGUACCUACCCCCGGUCGAAGAACUAUAUUUUUUUUGACGUUUUUGAUGUCAGCUAUACUCGUACUACCGGUAUUUAGCUAUUUAGCUACGAUGUGUACGGUUCAAUACAGUGUUGACGAAAGAUUUUUCGGCAGUAACCUACUGGUAGUAGAAGAUCUACGUUAAGUACAGGAAUCAUCUCUUUCACGGAAAAUGACGAGAUGAUGAAUAUCAUGAGCGAAACAAAAGCGAAGGUGUCUCUAAUUUGAGCAAUGUUUCAUCUAGAUGGGUGAAGUGAAGCGCACAAUUCUAAGAUAAAGUUUUUCCAGAAGUAUCUUGAUCUGAAAGGUUUCGUCUGUUGCCAGAUACGUUCGCAUUUAGUACGAUCGACGUAGCUUGAGCUGACACGUUUUGGUGGAGCCUGAAAUGGUGUCGACUGCAGCAGAUGAUCGAAUGCAAACAAGUACAGAAGAARUAAAAAUUCAAUGCUUUCUAAUCUUCGGCAAUUGCCCACCUACCCACCUAGAUAUUCCAACAGUUCGUACCGUACAAUGCAGCACGAAUGUAGUAAAUUCAUCUCUGCUGUACUUUGUUCCAACUGAUAAAGAUGGUUUGUGACGAAAUAUCUGAGGGAAAUUAGCAAAUUAAGUUUUUUCCAUGAUCGGAAAUUUGUAUCCGUGUUUGAUUUGUGGUGUGUGGAAUAAUGUCCUGUGUAAUUGGAUCAGUGUUUUGAUCAGCCGUCUUUCUGCUGUUGCGUGUCUAUUCUAUCUCGGAUACAGGCGCUCAACAAUAAGUCUGAUAUGAUUUGUGGUUUCUUGCGUUUAUACCGUACUCUACCUUCAACCUUUCGCGUUGCAUUCUCUGCGAACGACGGAGUGGAUGGAACGUGUGGACGACUCGCAUACGAAUCAAAACAUUUUCGUCCAUUUCACUCCAUAGCAACCGUUGGUUUGAUUGGCUUUCGAUAGUAUGUACUGUAUUUACGCCUUGCAUGUCAUGUGAUGGUUCAUCUCCCGGUUUGUCAUAAUGUAUUGUGCCAUGGUGAUUUAUGUCCUGUGUUGACGUCAUCGACGCCUAUUUGUUUGGGUGUUAUUUUCUAGUCUUGUCUUGUCAUUGCCAAGUUCUCUCGAAAUUAGCUGCAAUUGGUCCGGCAGUUUCUUUUAAGGCUUAGACAUUGAUGCAGUUGUAGCUUGUGUCAUGCGUUUUGUCUCUUUGCGGAAGACGUCACUGGCAAUCGUGGAUGUGGUAGCACCGUCAUCAGGAACCUCAUUUCUCAUCUUGCUCUUUCCUGUCGGCGCAAAACGAGACGAGAGGAACGCCAGAGGAGCCAGAAGGACUUUAUGGUAUCUUGUUAUGGUCACCAUCUCAGGAAACGGUGCGGCUAGAUGCGAGACAAAAUACCCGCAAGAUUACUUAAAACAUGAAUUCGGAAAGCAGGAGUGGAGAGGGUGACGAAGAUUGUGACUACGUGUAUGUGGCUUUCGAUAGCACGUACGUAGCGUUCUGAAAGCGCAAACAAUAAAUCAGUACCGUAAAGUACUAACCGUACACUACUUCCCGUAGCCUUAAUUUUCAAACGAACGAAAAAGAUAAAGGUAUUUCAACAUU